GGGCUAAGGUUUUAGAUCGGAAGUAAUUCGUCUGCGCGCAAGGAAGAGAGUUGUUUACAAACAGAAGAGAAAGUUGGACAUGUAGCUAACUUGAGACAAACAGUUACGAAAUAGCCUAGAAGAAUGCAUCUCUCAAGUUUUACAGUCAUUGAUUUUUACUUUAACUAGCUAACAGCUCGAGACAGACUGAGACCCUGUUAUUCAAACCUUGGGCACGAAGGAGUCAGCAAAGCUCCCUACUAGCCAGAAAUGGUAGCUGAGUAAGAGGAGCACGUGUGUAUGGUUGCAGGUGUGAGAACCCACCCGGGGUCAGAUGUCAGGGAGGAUGUCAGAGGAAGGGGGCAAGCUGACGCUGAGGCGUCUUGAAGGGCCAAUCAACAAGUUCACUAAAGUAGCCCUGCCGACAGACCUAGAAAGACUACAGAGACACCACAGCAAUAUACUGAAGUUCCAGCAUAGUGGACAAUGGGAUCGCCUUCAUCAGGAGCACAUCAAUGCCAGCCGCACUGUGCAGCAGUUGAGGGCUAAUGUUAGAGAGAUGGAGAAGCUGUGUGGACGUAUCUGUCCGGAGGACGGCCCCGCCAUGGAGAGGCUGGUUCAGCCAAUCAGAGACCGAGCAUCUGCUGCCACGCAAGACUUCCUACUCCUGCAUUCUAACCCCGCCCCUCUGCCACAGGCACCACGCGCCCCAGACCACUCAUCCUCAGGUGGUUACCAUGGUGAUGAUGUGGGCAGGGAGCCCCCUCCUGUCAAUCAAACACAGCUCCUCCUCCCAGUGAUCCCCCUCAACGAGAGUGCUGCUGAGUCCUGGGACACCCUGGAGGAGGACCUGAAGGAGCUUAGCGGUUUGGUGACAGAGUUCUCUCUGCUGGUCCAUUCCCAGCAGGAGAAGAUUGACAGCAUAGAGGAGAACGUCAACACAGCAGCAGCCAACGUGGAGGAGGGGACCAGGAGCCUCGGGAAGGCGGUGGGCUACAGGCUAGCAGUGUUACCCGUGGCGGGGGCAGUGUUAGGGGGGGUGUUGGGUGGGCCGCUGGGCCUACUGGUGGGGUUCAAAGCAGCGGGGGUGGCAGCAGCGCUUGGAGGGGGGGCUCUGGGGUUUGCAGGGGGGAACCUGGUCCAGAAGAAACGCAGAGCUAGAGUAGAGUCCCAAAUGAACCAGCUCACUGCACCCCCUAUGGAACCAGAACCACCGCUGGACAAGGACAAGUGACCUCUGAUUGGUCGUGAAGGGACCUCUGACCUCCAGAAGCUUACACUGGUCCAGGUACUGCCCGACUACAUUGCAGACGCAUGCUAGAGCUUACAUAUACAGUGGGGCAAGUGGCGCACAACCAUUGGUUGAUGCAAUGCAACGCCUGCGCAUCUAGUCGGGCAGGAACUCAACCAAGAAAUCCCUCAGACUAACUGGCUUUCCGCUCUAACAAUCUGUUGUUUGACAAAAAGAUUUGCUCUCUUUACUGUGGUAAUAAGGAACUCCUCCUCCUUCUCGCUGCCAAUAGACGGAGGAGAGAGGUCUGUCAAGAGAGGCCUACUGUGAAGAGAAGCCUGCCACUGGGAUCUACCACUUCCCAAUCAAUAAGACUUUUAAACAUUGUAGGAGAGCCUUGUUGAGGACCUGACUGUGAAAGGGAUGGGUGAAUGCUGUGUUAGUUGAGUGUGAUGUAUGUAUAUAUGCUGGGUCUGUUGGCUUUGUAUUUACAACUUUAAAGUAACUGUCCAGUGUUUCCAGAUUUCUAUUAAAUAUGACCUACACAUUUUUACAAUAUAAAUUAAAUAGUUUUCCUUCCAAAAUCUUUUAAAUAUGUUAAAAAGCAGCUUUGUGUUGGAAUGGUGUGGGCAUAUACUGAUCUUAAAAAUAUUCAUGCAAGUAGACCGCUGAUUGGCCAGCUCAUCAUCCUCUGAGGAAACAGCAAGUUUUGAGAUACAAGUUUGUGUUUUUUUGUUUGUUCUACAAUUAAUAUUUUGCCCACAAAUACAAGUAUAGGAUGAGUCAACAGAACUUUCACUGCAGUUACUUUAAGUGUAUGAUCAUAUAUAAUGAAAAGAUGUGCAUUAUUAGUAGCAAACACUACAGCCUAGUUUUGUAACAUAAGUCCUGCUGUUUGGUGCCUUUUAGUACAGACAGAUAGAUGGUUGUUUUAUUAAAGUCAUGUUAUUAUACUGUUUCUUGGACAGACCAUCUUAACUACCCUCAGUCUUGAUCAAAUACACACUCUGUGCCAAAGCCAGACACUGCCUGGGUCGAGCAGUCACCCAUCUCUCUAGUUUAUGAACUUAUUGAUGUUUAUCUGAAUCUGCUGCUCUGCUUAGAGUAUACAGCUCAUUAACAGAGGGAGAGGGAGGUAUAAACAGCAGUAAAUGUCAAGACUGUGUCCUGGUCUGAACCCUGCUGGAGAGGUCUGCUCCCUCUGACAGACUGGGGAGCAGAGAAUAAGAGUGAGUGAUUGUGAUUGAGAAAGGUUAGGAGGAUAAACAGCUGUCCUGGGUGUACCAGGUAGAAAGUUGAUGUGUGAUAGGCCAAAGUUUCCCCUCUAAUAAGUGCCACGAUGUCAUCUACUACAACAGUAGAUGACCUCUGAACUCAGACCGGGACCAACUAAAUAUGGAUGCUCUUAAUCUAUGUGAUGAUUUACUGGGGGUUUUAUAUUGCCAAAGAAAACCAAUAAAAUAUGCUUCUGAUGAAGGAAAUGUGUGUGUGUCAAGAGUCUUCUCUGUAGAACUGAACAAACAGACUCAACACACAACAUCCUGUAAAAUGGUUUCAUUUACUUGUUUUAUUUUCCCUCUCCGAGAUGACUGAUUUAGAAAUGAGAUUUCUCCCCCUUUAACCCUCCCUUCGUGACUGGUCAGAUCAGGGUACUGUUGGGUUCUAGGGAGGGACUGUACACACAGUACUAUAAAUAAACACACAGCAUGCGUCUCAAUACUCCUCGUCUCCUUUCAUUGCUCCAUCUGAACUGAUUUGAGUGACAGGUGAAAUAAGGAUACUUUCCAGGUCAGCUUCUUCCAUAUUGCUGUCACCUGGACUUGUUGCUAAGUGGGCGUGGCCUGGCCUGUGUCAGACCAGUGCAGAUGGAGAAGAAGACACUGCAGAGGAUUGAGAUGCAGCCCAGAGUCUGAUUUUUCUCCUUCAGUGUGAGGUUCCCCUCCUGUCCUCUAGAGCAGCAGUGUCUAACUGACACCUCUCAGCCUUUAGGAACUACCGUCUGAGUCAGUAUUGCAGAUCAGGGGCACGUUCAAGUACAAAAGGGAGAAAAUGCUUUUCUGACAGAUAAUGGAAACAAACAUUUAACUAUUGGACAGUUUAUGGUAGUAUCUCUGUUGUUUCUAAACAUGUUCUACCAUUUUGUGCCUCCUGAACGUGACUUAGGUGAAUAGGCUCUCUGGCCAAUCAGUUGCAUGAGUUUAGUACCAGGGAGAGGAAAGCUGCAUCUCAAUACUUUACAAUGUGUUCCUUUCCUUGUCUCCUCUCAUCCUAUUUGAAAUCAUAGGAUAGGUGGAAGCAGCAUAGUGGAUACCUGCCAGAAAUAUGCUUUCACAUCAGUUUAAAUAAAGGAAAGGAGGAGAGGGGGGUGAACUAUUAAGAUGCAGCCGAGACACUGUAGUCCUCCAGGACCAGAACCCUCUCUCACUCAAACGGGACUGAGCUGGACUACACACAGAUAAGAACCGUAAUGAGACUAAACAACCGGAGCAAGGGAUCUCACUCGUCAAAAAAAAGGG